AUGGCUUCCUCAAUCCCCAUUCCCGAUGAACGUGUCAACUUCGUUCCCAUCCAGGCCGGCGAGACGUUCAAACUCGGGCCCAUGACCUGCCGAAUCUUGGAAGACGGGUCCAGAACUGACCACCGCCUGGGAGUCGCAGAGCUCAUCAUGCCCCCUCGCACCCCCGGCCCACCGCCGCACUGGCACGAAAUGCACGACGAGACCUUUUACAUCACGCAAGGGCUCGUGCGCUUCCACGUCCCGGAUCCCAGUCGCCCAGGACACGACAAGGAGGUCAUUGAUGCGCGCCCGGGCGACUACAUGGUCGUUCCCAUCCGUGCGCCGCACACGUUCAGCAACCCGUCCGACGAGGAGGCGAGGAUCUUCUUCACGAGCACGCCUUCCUUUUACAUCAACUACUUCAAGUUGUUGUCGCAGUUGAGCAGGCCCGAUGAGCCUUUGCCGGCCGAGGUGACGAUGCAGGCCAUGUCGAUGUAUGCCACGAUACAGGUUGACAAGGUGCCGAGGCGGAAUGCAUGA